AUGCUCAAGCUGAGGAGUAUAUGCACGACUCUAAUAGGAGGGAAAGUUUACAACAUAAAUGGGAAGACAAUAAGAGAAGAAAAACUGUUAUCUGAGGGAGCUUAUUCUUUUGUUUAUUUGGCCAAAGAUUUAAACACUAACAAAACGUAUAGCAUUAAGAAGACAAUAUGUCAAGAUAAAGAAAAAUUAGAAAUGGCAAAAAAAGAAAUCAAUAUAUUAAAAAGUUUACCACCACAUAAAAAUAUAAUCCAGUAUUUUGGUUCGACGAUAAUAACAGAAAAUAAUAACAAAAUAGUGAUUAUGCUAAUGGAGCAUUGUGAAAGAGGUAAUUUAUUAAAUAUAUUUGAAAAGAAUAAAGAAAAAAUUAAAGAGAAUCAUAUAGUGAAGAUAUUAAAAGAUAUAAUGAAAGGAUUGAAUUUUUUACAUACACAAGAAAUUCCUAUUAUACAUAGAGAUAUAAAAUUAGAAAAUAUUUUAUGUGAUAAAAAUGGAGUUUAUAAAAUUUGUGAUUUCUGUUCACAUAGUGUUUCUAAUUCUUUUUAUCCAAAUGACUUGAUGAAAAAUUCUUUAAAUAUUUUAAAAGAAGAAAUUGAAAGAGACACAACAUUAAUUUACAGACCUCCAGAAUUAAUUGAUUUAUAUGCAAAUAAAGAAAUUUCAACAAAAGUUGAUUUGUGGAUGAUUGGUUGUAUUUUAUACUUGUUACUAUUUAAAGUACACCCUUUUCAAAAUAAUCAAAAUUCUUUAUUGUCUAUAAUUAACGGAAGUUUUAUUAUACCAUAUCAUUCGAAAUAUUCCAAGAGAAUUAUUUCUAUUUUACUUAUGACAUUGAAUAAGAACCCACAGAAACGAUUAGAUUCAACUACUCUUUUGUUCAUUUUGGAAAAUUACGCAGAUUUGAAAUCAUGGUUUAUGUAUAUCCCAAAUGACAUAAAAAAAAUGGUUAAUGAAAUAUUUGAAAAAAUUAAUGAACUGAAUUUAAAUAACAAACACAAUGAAUUUAUCGAAAUUAGUAAUGGUAAAAUUAUGGAUAUCAAAAUAUCUUCGCACAAAUAUCAAUCACACAUUCCACAAAACAAUCCAAAUAUUCCAUUUUAUAAGAUUUUCACGCCAUCUACACUUGCUCAAGAUCUCUUCAAACGAAAUCCUUUCACCAAAACCUCUAACGCAGAGAAGUCUCUCCUGGCAGUGAAUGCAAAGAGUUCGAAGUUGGAUGGGGUGGAGAAGUUGGAUGGGGCGGAGAAGUUGGAUGGGGCGGAGAAGUUGGAUGGGGCGGAGAAGUUGGAGGGGGCGGAGAAAAUGUGUAACGCUGACAAAUCUGAUAUGACCUGUAAAGAUGUUAAAUUGAUAAGCAUGGAAAGUGUGGAGAAUACAAUGGAUGAUAGAAUCGCUGAAAGAGGAGAAAAUUCCGAUUUGCUUAACUUGGAUGACAACAAUAAUCAUGAUGAGGGUGUGGUGAAGGGAAAUGAUAAAGAUAAAAAUACGAAUUGUGAAAAUGAAUAUAUAUUGAAAGAAAUAAAUCUAGAUAGUGAUAAUAACUUGUUUGGAUUCGACAGAACAAUUGGGAACGGAUGUGGAAAUUCAUUUAACAGCGAGAAGGUUGAUAAAAGUCCGGAUCAAACUGACUUUAACAGUUUCUUCGAUCCUUGGAGUGUUUCCAAAAGACACGAGUGUGAUAGUAAGAAUAAUAAUUUUCCCAUGAAGGAUGACUUUGCAGAAGUGAUUGAAAACGAUUUAUUUGCAACAUAUUUAAGUAAUUUUAAAAAUGAUAAUUUUUUGAAAAAUAAACAAAGUAAUGAACCGUUUAAUUACACAUUCUCUUUAGAUCAAAUGGACUACAGUAGAAAUAGUAUAGAUUCAACAAAUGACACAUUUUGUAGUAUAAACAACUAUGAAGAUUUAAAUAAUGUGGAAACCUUUUUUCAUAGUUAUAGCAUAGCGAAUACAAAGAAAGAAGUUGACACAACAUUCAACAAUGAAGAUAACUACUUCAGUGAAUUCCAAAGUGACCAAACUAAAAAAUUUAUUGCAGCUGACAAAAAUGACAAAUUUUCAGAAUUGUUGGAAGAGUUUCAAAAAUGUUAA